AUGCCUGCUAAACGCAGCAUCGUGCCCAGUUGGCUGGGUAAGUUUGGUGUGAAAGAAGUCAAUGGGCGGGCGUUGUGUGUAAUAUGUCAACACGUAUAUGUAGCAGAGUCUAUAAAGCCCAACAAACUUCAGCGCCAUUUAGAGACACAUAGAAAUAUAUUCGCUUUGUCGGAAGAUGCUCGCAAGCGAGUAUUCGAGAAACUUGCCGCCAAUCUUGAUAAAUCACAACAAAUAAUGAUGGGAAGUUUAAAUGACGAACAGAAAAGACAAAUAUUUGUUCUGAAAACGGCCUUCCUAAUCGCGAAAUCAAAACAACCGUAUGUCGAGGGUGAAGUAAUGAUAAAGCCGAGCCUCCAGAAUUUCGUCGAAUUGUUUGAGGGUGAAUCGUUCCACAGGAAAGUGAAGACAGCGGCCGACAGCGUAACGCUGAGUGAUACGACAGUAUGGAGAAGAACUGUUGAUUGUGCAAAUGAUAUUUCACAGCAAGUUAUUUCAUAUUUCAAAGAAUCGCCCCAAAAGAGUAUUGCCUUGGAUGAAUCAACUGACAAUACUUCGCAGCCACAGCUUGGCAUUAUAUGGGAGAUAUAUAAGUCCACGAGAAAACUUGAAAGAGGAGUUACUUGA